AUGUCUAGAGAGCCCAGGCUGACUGUUUUCUUCUCUCUCAACCCACAGCCAAACCCUGAUGACGCCGCCAACAACAUCGAUGCCGCCGCCGGCAGCCCCGAUGCCUCGGCCAGUGUCCCCGCCCCCGCGCCUCUCCAGAUCCCCCCGUCCCGCGCCCGUCGCCAAUUCGCGGCCCGCCUCGCCGAACGGAAGCGCCAGCAGAAGCAAGAGCAGAAACAAGAGCAACAACAACAGCAAGAGCAGCAGCAAGAGCAAGGGCAAGACCAGCAAGACCAAAACCAACAGCACCAAGACCAACAACAGCAGCACCAGAACCAACAACCCGCUCAACAACAACACCAAUACCACCCCGGCAAGGACUGGACAACCGACCGCUACAACGACCCCAGCCGCUUCAGCAAGCUCUUCAUCGGCACCACCGGACGAGACGGCGACGACGACGAUGACGAUAGCACCGAUGACGACGACGACGAUGAUGACGACGAUGACGAUGAUGGCGGCGAGUUGAUCAUGAAGGACAGCUUUUCCCGGCGGAGCGCGGGCAGCGUCGGUGGGGGGAGCGCGACGAGCAGCGGUGGGGGCAGCGUGAAUGGUGGGAGCGUCAGUGGGGAUGAGGAUGCGGCGGGGAGGAUGGCGGAGAGGGGGGAGAAGGAGAAGGUUUAG